CACCGCUGCCGAGCGAAACGCCGAAUUGGGAGUUUCUCUGUUCUGCGUUUCACACAGCGGGCCGGACAGACGGCGUGAAUGCUGGCGUAGCAUGGAUACGCGGGACGGAGCUGUAGACUGCUGCUGACAGCGCAGGGGAGCUUGCUGGUGUGAAACACUGCAGUGGACUACCGAAGUGUCGCUCUAUAGUCAUUCUGCAGUAGGCUAUUUAUUUAUUUUAUUAUUAUUGUUAUGCGGAAAACGGAGAGAGGGGAUUCGUGUUACAAAAUGAUCGUUCAUCGGAUCUAAGGAGCGCCUUGUUAGCCGGGACGCGAGGGGUAGGAAUGAGGAGCCGGCUCACGUUUUAUGCUGGAAACUGUAUUUCUUUUGAAGUUUUAUCAUUCGUCGAGUGAGUUCAUGAAAGGUCUGGCUUGGAAAUGUCGCAUGCAACUCAGCCGGAGACGAGGAAGUUUACUCGGGGUCUGAGCAAGCCGGGGACAGCGGCCGAGCUAAGGCAAAGCGUCUCGGAGGUCGUCAGGACGUCCGUGCUCGUAGUGGAUUCAGGAAUAUCGACAGCCAGGGCGAUUCUCCACACGCCUAAGCAGGUGAAGCCGAGGGUCAUCGAGCCGCUGGACUACGAGAAUGUGGUGCUCCAGAGGAAGACACAGAUCCUGAGCGACGUCCUGAGGGAUAUGCUGCAGUUCCCCCUGGAGGACUUCCAGAUAUCGACGAUCAAACGUCAGGGGAGGACACUUCGCCCCUCAGUGCCAGAAAACGCAAAGAGAGACGCCCAGAGCCCGUUUGUCCAGGAGUGUAUCAAGACUUACACCUCAGACUGGCACACUGUCAGCUACAAGUAUGAGGAUUAUUCCGGAGACUUCCGCCAGCUUCCGAACAAGGUGCCCAGGGCAGAGAAGCUGCCAGUCCACGUGUUUGAAGUAGAUGAGGAUGCUGACAAAGAUGAGGAUACGGCGUCUCUGGGCUCGCAGAAGGGCGGCGUCACCAAACAAGGCUGGCUGUACAAAGGCAACAUGAACAGUGCCAUGAGUGUGACCAUGCGGUCUUUCAAGAGGAGGUAUUUCCACCUGACACAGCUGGGCGACGGCUCCUACAACCUGAACUUCUACAAGGAUGACAAGAUCUCCAAGGAGCCCAAAGGAACCAUAUUCCUGGACUCUUGCAUGGGUGUCGUCCAGAAUAGCAAGGUGCGUCGUUUUGCCUUCGAGCUGAAGAUGCAGGACAAAAGCACGUACCUGCUGGCCGCUGACAGCGAGCUGGAGAUGGAGGACUGGAUCAGCACCCUCAACAGGAUCCUGCACAGCAGCUUCGAGAUCGCCAUGCAGGAGAAGCGCAAUGGGGACAUGCAUGACGACGAAGAUCUGGGGAAAGCAGAGAGCACCUGUGCAGGUCUGGACAGCUAUCAGACAGCCAGAGACAUUGAAAUUAGAAUGAGAAAUGAGACCAGACUCAAGCUGUUUACUCUGGACCCAGACACGCAGAAACUAGACUUCUCAGGAAUUGAGCCCGAUGUGAAGCAGUUUGAGGAGAAAUUUGGGAAACGUGUCCUGGUGAACUGCAACGACCUUUCCUUCAACCUGCAAAGCUGCGUGGCGGAAAACGAGGAGGGUCCCACUACCAAUGUGGAGCCCUUUUUCGUCACCCUGUCGCUCUUCGACAUCCAUAGCAGCCGGAAGAUCUCAGCUGAUUUCCACGUGGACAUGAACCACCCAUCGGUCCGGCAGAUGAUUCCCAGCAAUGGUGGGCAGCAGAUGAACGGGGGUGGGGAUAUCUUGCCAGGCCAGCAGGGGGCCCUUGAUGAGCCACAUGAGGGAGGGCUGAAUUUCCCCAGACAGGGUGUUUUUUCCGUGACUUGCCCUCACCCGGACAUCUUCCUGGUGGCCCACAUCGAGAAGGUCCUGCAGGGCGGAAUCACGCACUGUGCUGAGCCGUAUAUGAGGAGCACAGACUCCGCCAAGGCAGCACAGAAGGUCUUGAAAAAUGCCAAACUAGCCUGCAGCAGACUGGGCCAGUACAGGAUGCCUUUCGCAUGGGCUGCCAGGCCUGUUUUCAAAGAUGCUUCCGGCACUUUGGACAAAACGGCCCGUUUUUCCGCCAUCUACAGACAAGACAGCAACAAGCUAUCGAACGAGGACAUGUUCAAACUGCUGGCUGAUUUCAGAAAGCCAGAAAAAAUGGCCAAAUUUCCGGUAAUCCUGGGAAACCUAGAUGUUACCAUCGACAACGUCGCCCCUGACUUGACAAACUGCGUGACCUCCUCCUAUAUCCCAGUGAGGCAGUUUGGGGGCAGUGAGACUGGCCCUCUCUUUGAAGUGGAAGAGUUUGUUCCAUGUAUAGCCAAAUGCUCCCAGCCAUUUACCAUCUAUAAGAACCACCUCUACAUUUACCCCAGGCAUCUGAAGUAUGAUGGGCAAAAGUCAUUCACAAAGGCGAGGAACAUCGCGGUCUGCAUCGAGUUCAAGGACUCUGACGAGGAGGAGGCCCAGCCAUUGAAGUGCAUCUAUGGGCGUCCAGGGGGGCCACUGUUUACCAAGCAUGCAUUUGCUGCAGUGCUGCACCAUCAUCAAAACCCAGAGUUUUACGACGAGAUUAAAAUGGAGCUGCCCACCCAGCUCACUGAGAAGCACCAUUUGCUCUUCACGUUCUUCCAUGUCAGCUGUGACAGCAACAGCAAGGCCAGCACCAAGAAGAAGGACCCAGUGGAGACACAAGUUGGCUGUGCUUGGCUGCCCUUGCUGAAGGACGGCAGAGUGAUCAUGAGCGAGCAGCAGGUCCCCGUGGCUGCAAGCCUGCCUGCCGGGUACCUGGGCUGUCAGGAGAGCAGUAGUAAGCACUCUGGGCCUGAGAUUAAAUGGGUUGACGGAGGAAAGCCAUUGUUUAAAGUGUCCACUCACCUCGUAUCGACCAUCUACACUCAGGAUCAGCAUUUGCACAACUUCUUCCACCACUGUCAGAGCAGCAGGUCUGCCAGCCCAGCAUCCGGCGGGGAGCUGGUCAAGUUCCUGAAGAGUCUGCAUGCAAUGGAGGGACACGUCAUGGUCCAGUUCCUGCCCACCAUCCUGAACCAGCUAUUCCGCGUGCUGACCAGCGCCUCCCAUGAGGACGUGGCGGUCAACGUCACCAAGGUCAUGAUCCACGUCGUCUCCCAAUGCCACGAAGAAGGCCUGGAGCACUACCUGCGGUCUUAUGUGAAGUAUGUGUUCAAAACGGAGCCCUACACAGAUACCACUCUGAGGACCAUCCAUGAGGAGCUGGCCAAAGCCAUGACAGUCAUCCUCAAACCAUCUACCGACUUCCUCACGAGCAACAAACUGCUAAAGUACUCCUGGUAUUUCUUUGACGCCUUGAUCAAAUCCAUGGCCCAGUUCUUGAUUGAAAGUGGUAAAGUCAAACUUCCCAGAAACCAGCGCUUUUCUGUGUCCUUCCACCACACCCUGGAGACCAUGGUCAACUUGCUGACUCCACACAUCACCCAGAAGUACAAGGACAACCUGGAUGCUGCCCGGAGUGCUAACCACAGCCUGGCCGUGUUCGUCAAGCGCUGUUUCACCUUUAUGGACAGAGGCUUUGUCUUCAAGCAGAUCAACACCUAUAUAAACUGCUUCAUGCCCGGAGAUGCCAAGACGCUGUUCGAGUUCAAGUUUGACUUCUUGCGCGUGAUAUGUAACCAUGAGCACUACGUCCCACUGAACCUGCCCAUGCCGUUUGGAAAGGGAAGAAUUCAGAGGUUUCAAGCUGUUUCUUUCUCCACAGAGUCAUGUGGCACAGACCUGCAGCUGGAUUACUCGCUGACAGACGACUUCUGCAGGAACCACUUCCUUGUGGGGCUGUUGCUGCGUGAAGUGGCCGGGGCCCUGCAGGAGUACCGGGAGAUCCGGCAGGUCGCCAUCCAGGUGCUCAAGAACCUGAUGAUCAAGCACACUUUCGAUGACAGAUACGCAUCCAAGAGCCAGCAGGCCAGGCUGUCCACACUCUACUUGCCCCUCUUUGGACUGCUUUUGGAGAAUGUACACAGACUCAAUGUGAAAGAGAAUGGGAGAGAUGAUUCCCUACUGAGCAGCUCAAUGGCAACUCCACAAAAGACAGGGGUUAGCUUGGACAACAGCCUACACAAGGAUGUGUUUGGUGUUAUCUCAGGGACAGCCUCCCCACAUGCCUCAUCCACACCGAACAUCAACGCAGUGCGGCACGCUGAUUCCCGAGGCUCCCUCGUCAGCACUGACUCUGGAAACAGCCUUCCGGAGAAAUCUAACGACAAGACUAACUCUUUGGAGAAGAACCAGCCGGCCUCCACUCUUGGGAGCUCUCUGCUACGCUGUGACAAACUGGACCAGGCCGAAAUCAGAAGCCUGCUCAUGUGCUUCCUGCACGUGCUGAAGAGCAUGUCAGAGGAUGCCCUCUUUACGUAUUGGAACAAGGCCAGUCCUGGAGAGCUGAUGGACUUCUUCACUUUAGUUGAAGUGUGUCUUCAUCAAUUCAGAUACAUGGGGAAACGCUACAUUGCCAGGAAUCAGGAAGCUGUGGGUCUCGUGGCCCACGAACGCAAGUCUCAGACUCUGCCUGUAUCCCGCAACAGGGCAGGGAUGAUGCAUGCACGCCUUCACCAGCUCAGCAGCCUGGACAACUCCUACACUUUCAACCACUCCUACUGCCACUCUGACGCAGACCUUCUGAACCAGUCGCUGCUGGAGGCCAACAUCGCCACCGAAGUGUGUCUGACGGUGCUCGACACGCUGAGCAUCUUCAUCAUGGGCUUCAAGACACAGCUAUGCUCCGACCAUGGGCACAACCCCCUGAUGAAAAAAGUGUUUGAGGUGCACUUGUGCUUCCUGCAGAUCAACCAGUCAGAGUUGGCCCUCAAGCAGGUCUUCACCUCCCUUCGCACCUUCAUCUACAAGUUUCCCAGCACCUUCUUCGAGGGCCGUGCCGACAUGUGCGCCUCCUUGUGCUAUGAAAUCCUCAAGUGCUGCAACUCCAAGCUGAGCUCCAUCCGCAGUGAGGCUGCCCAUCUUGUCUACUUCCUGAUGAAGAGCAACUUUGAAUACACAGGCCGCAAGUCCUUCGUCCGCACACACCUGCAGGUGGUGAUCGCGGUGAGUCAGCUGAUCGCCGAUGUCAUCGGGAUUGGAGGAAUUCGGUUCCAGCAGUCUCUGUCCAUCAUCAACAACUGUGCCAAUAGUGACAAGAUUGUGAAGAACACAGCCUUCCCGUCCGAGGUGAAGGACCUGACUAAAAAGAUCCGUACGGUGCUGAUGGCCACGGCGCAGAUGAAGGAACACGAACACGACCCAGAGAUGCUGGUGGACCUGCAGUACAGCCUGGCCAAGUCCUACGCCAGCACACCCGAGCUGCGCAAGACCUGGCUGGACAGCAUGGCCCGCAUCCAUGUGAAGAACGGCGACCUGUCCGAGGCGGCGAUGUGCUACGUCCACGUGGCGGCACUAGUGGCUGAAUACCUACGGAGAAAAGGUAUGUUCAGACAGGGCUGUUCUGCGUUCCGGGUGCUCACGCCCAACAUUGACGAGGAGGUGUCCAUGAUGGAGGACGUGGGCAUGCAGGACGUCCACUUCAAUGAGGAUGUACUGAUGGAGCUGCUGGAGGAGUGUGCAGACGGGCUGUGGAAGGCAGAGCGCUAUGAGCUCAUCGCUGACAUCUACAAGCUCAUCAUCCCCACCUACGAGAAGCGCCGGGACUUUGAGAAACUAGCUCACCUGUACGACACGCUACAUCGCGCCUACAGCAAAGUGACGGAGGUCAUGCACACGGGCAAGAGGCUCCUGGGAACCUUCUUCAGAGUGGCGUUCUUUGGCCAGGCAGCGCAGUACCAGUUUACAGACUCUGACAGGGACGCGGAGGGUUUCUUUGAGGAUGAGGAUGGCAAAGAGUACAUCUACAAGGAGCCCAAGCUCACCCCUCUCUCCGAGAUCUCCCAAAGACUCCUCAAGCUCUACUCGGACAAAUUCGGCCCAGAGAACGUCAAGAUGAUCCAGGACUCCGGCAGGAUUAACCCAAAAGACCUGGAUUCGAAGUACGCAUACAUCCAGGUCACUCACGUGACCCCCUUCCUGGAGGAGAAGGAGCUGGCUGACAGGCUGACAGACUUUGAGAGGAGCCACAACAUUCGGCGCUUCGUCUUCGAGACACCUUUCACCGUCUCUGGCAAGAAGCAGGGCCUGGUGGAAGAGCAGUGCAAGCGGCGGACCAUCCUGACCACCACUCACUGCUUCCCCUACGUGAAGAAGCGCAUCGCAGUGAUGUACCAGCACCAAACGGACCUGAGCCCCAUCGAGGUGGCUAUCGAUGAGAUGAGCAGGAAGGUGGAGGAGCUCCGGCAACUCUGCUCAGCUAGUGAGGUGGACAUGAUCCGGCUGCAGCUCAAGCUGCAGGGCAGCAUCAGCGUGCAGGUGAAUGCUGGUCCGCUAGCCUAUGCUAGAGCGUUCUUAGAUGACAUCAGUAGCAAGAAGUACCCUGACAACAAAGUCAAGCAGCUGAAAGAGGUCUUUAGGCAAUUUGUGGACGCCUGUGGCCAAGGCCUCACCAUAAACGAGCGCCUGAUCAAGGAGGACCAGCAGGAGUACCACGACGAGAUGAAAGCCAACUACCGUGACCUUGCCAGAGAGCUGUCCAAUAUCAUGCACGAGCCGAUCAGCACGGUGGAGGACAGCGUGAAGACUGUCCUGGCCGACUCCCUGCACAUCUUCAACGCCAUCAGCGGCACGCCCAGUGGCACCACCAUCCAGGGAAUCCCCAGCUCCUCGUCUGUGGUGUGACGCGGGCCCUGCUGUCCUGACCCAAGGGAGAGCAAACCUCUGUACCCUCCCAAAGAGAAGCGGACACCCCUGGAUGCCCCCUUAAGCCUCUCUGCUACCCUCUCCAAGUCCUCCAGCUCCUCCCCACAUUUCUCACUCCCAUGGUCAGCUUUGCCUCGCCAGCAAAUGGCUGUCGGUGGCUGUCGGAAAAGCAGGGUGAUGUUCAUUGACCAAACUUGGAUGACUUCUCCAUAUCACACAUCGUCCCUGUAGCUCAGAGCUUUGACUCUCUCCUGUGUCUCUCCCUGGGGAUAAAUGCCUUCAGAGGUCCCUGAGGAGAAGUGGACAAAAAGAACACAAUGUGGAGAAAUCGGAAGAAGUCUGAAGAGCAGACAGUCGGUGUUGGUGAUCUCAGCCUUCAUCCUGGACUGAACCCAAACAGGAUCAUUCCGUCAUGUUUCCUGUGGAGACAUACUCUUAGUCACAAGAACACUAAAUGCAUGUAACUCACUUUCCCAGGUUUGUAUGUCCUUUUUUGUUGCAUUUGUAUUAUUCACAGGUUUUAAAACUUUUAUCAGUUCUUUUUGUAUAUAUAUAGCGUUUCCAAUGUAUCGUUAAUGAAGUCCGAGAGUUUUCUUUUUUUGAGGUGUGUGAAAAGGGCAGUAUUUGUGAUUGUUUUUGUCACUGUACACACAGACAAAUUGUACUCCUUGGGAAAUGUCCCCUCUGAAAGCAAAUGUUCCAGCAGCACUUUUGCUCGCAGUUCCCAUCACCGUGCCGACUGUCUUUUGUUAAGGUGAACGCUGGAGGACACGUUGUAAAGGUGUUACGCUGGGCUACCCUCCUAUCCAAAUGCAGUGCAAUAUUUGUCUUCUUCAGUUCAUACACUGUAAAAAUGAGGUUUGUCCCGCUUGCCAAAGCAACAGGAUGUGGAACCAGUAACAUACUGUGGACGACCGGUUGUCAGAUAAAGCUUUAACCAUUCUGUUGUUUAAUUGUUAAUAAAAGUCAUUUUAUAUCUUGGGAGUUUUAGGGGGUUUUUAUUUUUAUUUAAGAGUCAAAGUUCUGCUGUAUUUAAGAAAGGCAAUUUUCCCUAAUUACACACUUUUAAUUAAAAUUCACUAAUUUCUCUGCAAAUAUAUGUUGUGUACUGUUUGCUUUUUGGUUAUAAUAUUUGAAGAAAAAUAUGUUUAUCCAAAAUAUGCAUGUUUUAGUAUAGUAUUCACAUCACCAUCAUUAUGGAGAACAUUGCUUUUUAGAUAUUAGCAUCUAUUUUUUGUAAAAAAGCAAUGGAUGUAGUAUUUGAGUUUUUAUAAAGGAAAUUGUAUUUAUAUUUGCUUUUGCUUCACCAAUUAAAAAAGAAUGACAUCCCUGA